AUGCCUGUGCGUCCAUGGCUAACUCUAGCCACCGUCAUAUGGCUUCAAGCCAUCAGCGGCACGAACACAGACUUCCCAGCCUACUCUUCCGAGCUCAAGUCUCGGCUUGACAUAACCCAAGUUAAGCUGAACAACCUGGCUUUCGCCUCUGAUGCCGGCAAGCUCUUCGGCUGGUGCGCGGGCGCCGCCGCCGCCCGCCUCCCUCUAUGGUCCGUUCUAUCCAUCGGAGUCAUUCUCGGGGCAAUUGGCUACGGCGUACAAUUCCUCUUCACGUGCAACAUCAUCCCAUCACUCUCUUACGCACAAUUUUUCUUCCUCAACAUGCUUAAUGGAAACAGCAUUUGCUGGUUUAACACGGUGGGCUACAUAACCAUCAUGAGACAGUUUUGGCCAGAGGAUCAUGGGACAAUUAUCGCGCUCACGACGAGCUAUACUGGUCUGACGGCUAAGAUUUACGUAGCCUUGGCUGACCUUAUAGUUGGGAAGUAUAAUGCGGCGGGUAGUGAGAAUAGAAUAUAUCUGCUUCUCAAUGCUGUUACGCCAGUUGUGAUAGGGUUGUUGGCUGUAAUGACGAUUUGGACGAUGAGGGAGAAGCAGAAGGAUGUGAAGGUGGGGCUUGGGAUGAUGUUUGGCAUCGCGGGAGUAACAGGGACGUAUGCGGUGAUAGAGGCGACGGUUCCGGCAUUGCAUAAUUCUUCCGGAGUUAUGCCGGAGACAAUAUUGCUGGUGCUGGUGGCGGCGGUGGUUUUGGUUCCGGUGUCGAAGUUAGGGGAGUGGGUGGCAUGUAGAGGAAGAGAGGAGGGGAAAUUGAGUGUGGAGGUGAGGGAAGUUGUGGAGGUGAGGGAGGUUGGGGAUGUGGAGGGAGGGAAGAAAGAGGAGGAGGAGGUGGCCGCGGUGGAGAUGGAGGUGGCGGGGAGGAAGGGAAGUGUGAGAGGAGUGUUGGAGUUGAUCAAGCAGCUGAAUUUUUGGGUGUAUUUUAUGGUGUAUUUAUGCGGGGCGACGCUGGGAUUGGUGUAUGGGAAUAACCUGGGGCAGAUAUCGCAGUCACGAGGUGUGUCGAAAUUUAUCAUGAUCUCCAUAUAUUCUGCUUUCGGAUUCUUUGGGAGGCUUGCGACUGCGCCACUCUCCAUCUUCUCCGGGAGGAAGUUUAACAUAUCAAAAGUUGGCGCCAUAGGUGUCUUGAUGGUUUUCAUGUCUGCUUCAUUCUUCAUCCCCCUUAGCUCCAGAAACGGUUCUCUGUUCCUGAGCACAGCCAUCAUAGGCGGCUGCUCCGGCGCUAUAUCCUCCAUUGCCGUCUCUGUUUCCGCCGAACUCUUCGGCCAAGAAAACUUCGGAGUGAAUCAUAACAUUGUUAUUUCAAAUAUUCCAAUUGGUUCUUUUCUCUUCGGCUCCAUUGCUGCGCUCAUCUACGAUGAGCGAGAGAAUGCGCGUGCCGGAAGGGACAGGAUUUGCGUUGGAACCGACUGCUACAGGAAGACAUUCAUCAUUUGGGGCUGCAUUUGCUCUUUUGGGACUGUUUUAUGUUUUGUUCUUUUUUCACGAACGAGAACACCAUUAAUUCGUAGAUAG